CCUUAGCUGCGACGUGUGGUUCAACAUGGCUGCGCCUGUAGCACAGACCUAAACUGAUAUUUAAGAUGCAUGUCACUCUGCAAGUGUAAUGAAUCUAGGUAUAUAACAAGGACACACAGCUAAGCAAGGAAGAUAAAGAUGUCAGAGACAACCAACGCCCUGAAGGAUGUGGACCAGUUGCCUUCUAAACCUACGGUCCUGGAAUUACUCCUGAAAAAGUUUGAACAGCUUUCGGAUGCAGAAAAGAACUUCUUCACAUACGGCCCCCUGUAUCUGGGAUUCAACGGGGCGUUUUCUGGGCUGAUCGCCAACAGUUUAUUUCGGAGGGUGCUCAGCGUCACUCACGGCAGGUACACAUCCAGCCUGCCGAUGGCUGUUCUGCCUUUCCUGACAACGGUGGCGGCGUACCACGGGGCGAUAUCCGAGCCUCUGCUGUCGGGUGAACUGAACUGUCAGUCCUGCGCGCAGGUAAGAGGCGUGCUGGUUGGUGCCGUCGUUGGUGGCUUGUACCCCAUCCUUCUGGCCUUACCUAUGAACAUUGGCCUUGCAGCAAGGUACAACACAGCACCCAUGCCAGAGAAGGGGAAACUGCUGCCGUUCUUGGCCAGUGCUACCAAACCCGUCCUGAGGAAAAUGACCUUUGUUUUGGGACUGCAGGCCUUUUUUGCCUUUUACUUGAGCUCAAGGCACUAUGGGAUCUACCUUAAAAUGCUUAAGAUGCCUCCUGUGGACAGUGAAGAUUAA